AUGUCGGUGGCAACACCCACCCGAGAGCAAAUCCUAUCCCUUUACCGUGCGCACCUUGCAACUGCACGCUCUUUCGCAUCAUACAACUUCCGAGAAUACUUUGUGCGUCGCGCGCGCGAUCAAUUUCGGGCCUACCUGUAUCCUCAGAUGUCGGUGGCAGCACAGAACGUGAAUGCAAGCGCAAGCAAAUUGUCGAACGUUCCUACAGCGAACACGGCGAUCAAGCCAGUUGAGCCAAUGUCGGCUGAAAAACUCGCUAAGUUCUAUGAAGAAGCAUGUGAUGAGCUGAAAGUCCUCCAGCGCGCAGUGAUGACAAAUAAGAUGUAUGCGGGCGAACGGCUCGUUGUUGAGGAUGAAGGCCGCAAAGAAUGGAUCGUACGUUCGUCCGAGGAACUAGGCCAUGAGACCAGUGCCUAG